AUGGAGUCCAACCGGAAGCACCGAGGGUUCAUCAAGUCAAAGCUGACGCCGUUCUACAGAGCCGCCAAACCAGCUUUAUCGGCGAUGCCGUACACCACUAAGGUAAAACCAAACCAGGCUUCUUCUACGACAGCUUCGCUCAGCUUCCACGACUACAAAAUUUCGCAACCGAAGCAGGUUUCGUUUUUCGUACCAGCAGCUGAUAAGAAGCGAGAAAAUUUAAGCCAAAUCGACACCUUCUUCGGAUUUGCUGGUGAUGAAGCUGUUGAUAUCAAAGCUUCAACUUACAUCUCUUCGGUUCAAGAACGUUUCAAGCUUGAACGAAACUCUGAACAAGUUAUGCUCCAAGAAACUCACUAG